UUUUCGAAUCUUCGGAUCACGUGCGUACCGAACCGUGGAGUGGGAUUGGUUCGGAUUUCGGAUCAACCGUGAUCCGUUGCACCUCUAGUAAAAACCCACUGAAGUUGAUUUCACUAUAAUAAUCCAGGAUUGUCCAGGCCGCUGCAGUGAGAUUAGUUCUCAGCAGAGCUACGCCCAGUCUGUGCUAAACACAUGUGCUGGAAGAGGAAGUGAAACCUGAAUGUGAAAAUGAGGAAGAAUCAGCUUUGGAUCUUCACAGACUGUUAACAAGAUGUGAUCAUGGAUUUCAUGCCUUUCUUCAUGGUCCCACUAUCGACUUUCAUCCUCCACUUGGGUUCAGUUAAAGGAUCAUUUGUAGUCAAUGUGACACAGAGCUCCUAUCAGGCAGAGGAGAACCACAACAUCACACUGAAGUGGACGUUCACCACCAAACCAGACACGUCCAUCUCAGCACUGAAGAUCCUCUGUAGACUGAUAACUGAUCAGAAAUACUGGACUCUGUAUUAUCUCCUUCAUGGUGUCGAGUUCUCAGAGUCUCAGGAUGAGAAGUUUUCAGGACGAGUCCAGAGUGACAAAGACGCGCUCAGAGAAGGACGAAUCAGACUCCAGCUGUCCAGACUCAGGACUGAGGACUCGGGUCUGUACCUGUGUGAGGUGGACACAGGUUAUGGCCGCGGCUACAACAGCUGCAGAGUCACCGUCUCUGAUCCAAACUUUGCUAAAACCUCGACGACAGAGACGUCGCUGCAAACUCCAGAUCAUCAGGACACGAGUCCAGCAAAUGCAGGUCGAUCCAGGGUUCCUGUGGUCAUCCCUGUCAUCGCUUUUAUAAUCGUUAUAGCUGUUGCUGGUCUUGCUGUACAUUUUUGCUGCCAACAUCAGAAUCGAACUAAGCAUCCAGAGGAGGAUGAGACACAAAAACAAUCACUACCAGUCUAACUGCCUUGCUCAAAGGAACAUUGGUGUUAAUGAAACUGAGGGGUUUUUAUCUUUGCUGGAUCUUCAGUCAGGUUGGGAGUUCAAACCUGCAGCCACAGGGACACAGUCAUACCCAUCAGUACUGAGAUCAUCAUAUUGACAGAUAAUGACUCUUCUAAAAUUUAAUCUACAUUAAAACUUUGCAGCUCUGAGAUGCAGCUGAACCCUCCAAACUGCAACAGCACAAGAAUUGCAGGUCUGUCCAGGGUCAACCUGUUCCUGAUCAUUUCCACCUCGGCUUUCGCUGCUCUUGCUGCAUAUUUUUCUCAACGCCUUCAUCAGGAACUAAAAGCAAGGCUGACACAGACAAACACGGACAUGUUGUUGCCUCUUGUGCUGUCAGACUGACUUCAACUACUUUGAACAGAAGCAUUCAGAAGAUGAAGAUUUGUCUAGAUUUAUUGUUUUGUUCAUCUUUGAUGUGGGAAGUUGCCUUUUUUGCUUUUGCUCGUCUGUAUAAACUUUGUUGUGCCAUCAGUGAUGUCAUUACAUAACUUAUGUUUUAUUACUAUUGUUGUAUUUGAUUCAUUUAUUGUUUAUAUUUAUUUCUGCCUGUUGUUGCACUGAAUGAAAGUUCUGUGUCUGUAGUUUUUGUACAUGUGUUGUUUCAGGGAUGUUAAAAUGCACUACAGGUAUAUUCAACUGACUUCAGUAUUGAUAAAGUGAAAACGUCAGCUGAAGUGAUAUGCAUAUGUAUAUUCAUUUUAAUACAGUAAGAGAGCUGAUCUUACUGUUGUUUCUUUUCCCCAGAAUGUUCUUUACUAAACAGUAAAAUCAGAUAAUGGUCAGCAUGAUGGUCCAUAUGUUGAUUUAGUGGUUGGCACUGCUGCCUCACAGCAAAAAGGUUGCUGGUUGAGAAACGUGCUUCUUGUGUUCAUUAGUUAUUCUAAAUUGUGAGGAAACUAAAGUGCUUGAAGUGCUCAGAUUAAACUGUUGCAUGAAGACAAAAUCUGAUUUGUAGUUAGAAACACUUUGAGUGGGCAGUAAAACUGAAAUCAAAGCUCAUGUGAUCCACCUGAGCUGGAAUUUUUGUUUUGUGUUCUAACUGUUAAUGCUUAAUUAACACUGAUUAUUAUGGAUGGUAGUUAAAAGGAUUUGUUAUGAUACAGCAGUGAAGACAGAGUUUAACAGCUGUAACAGUUUUACAUGGUCAUAGAAUAAAUUAUAACUGAAUGUUUUUCCCAUUUUCACGUUUGAUCAAAUAUAUUUAAAUCAUCAUAGAGCUGUUAUGUUUUCAUGUAAAACAGGAUGUGAUGUUAUGUGAAAGUACAUUGGUUCAUGUUUUAAAGGAAACAAACAUAAGUAUCAGGAGAUUCAUUAAAACAUAACAUCUAUAAAUA